AUGGCACGGCUACUAGGGCGCCGAGGCCAGAGACCAAGACCGAGGAGAACAGGACCGCCAUUGACUCGCGCCCUCAUUCGGCAGAGAUCUCGUGCACUAAUCGUCUUUAUUACCAUUGUGGUUGCUAUCGUCUGGCAGAUUGUCAUUAUCUUUCAUCAUCUGGCUCAUAUCUGGAGAUUUGUGCGUGCGACUCUGGGAGAGACCAUAUAUGGUUCUGCAAGUGUUAGUGGCGAUUGGAGCUCUUGGAAAAUUAUCAGGUCUGCCGUUUGUACCUGGGCCGGCCUUCAGGUUGUUUGCAUGGUUAUUCGGUACCUGGAAAGGCAGUUUCGCGGGUCGACAUGGCAAGAAGAAGGAUACGGUUUCUGGGAAUACAUCGAUAAGGUAGCAAAGGCCGUGGAAUUUGGGGACGACGGUCAAGAGCCGGACGAGGACUCGACAGCAUCGUCUGUCAAUAUACCUGCCCAGGUCGAGGACGAGGCGCAGCGGGAACUCGUUCCAGAUGAAGCUGAACACUGCGACGAGCAGGAAGACGAUGAAGAUGACCCGCUACAGGAAGAGAUACAACCCGAGAAAAGCAAGCAACUUCAAAGCAACAAGAGCAAGAAGAAGGAAAAGAAGAAGGAAAAGAAGAAGAAAAAGAAGCGGGGAUGGAAGAUGUGA